CCCAGCAUUUUGCAACCGUCGACCUCUUCAACCAUUCAUUCCUUCAACAACCUUAAAACAAAUAUUACUUUGCCGUUUUGGUAUACAGUUAGCCGUUUUGUUUUAUAGUUGUUUACACCCUAAAGUUUUUAUAUUUAUCCAUCAUGCAACCCACCUUCUCCUUCAACAAGAAAGAAAAAUCAACACUAACUUGCCUUCCAUGUCCAUCAAACCCAGAAAGAAAUAAGAUAAGAGAAAAGAAAAGAGCUUUUUCUACAUACAUUGCUUGUUAAUGUCCAUUCUUCCUUCAUCUGUAUCAGAUAAAGAAAGAAAAAGGAUAUUAAUUGUAAAAUCUUAAUGAUGGUCAGAACAUUGCAACGUGAACAAACCAUUCAGAAAUCUAAAUCCUUUCAUUUGAAAAGAAUGUUUGAAAUUCCAGGGAGACAUGCUCAAUGCUUGAUUCUUGAAAAUGGAAAUCAUGGAGGAAGUGUUGUUGAUGAAAAGGUACAAUCAAGAAAUCAUGUGCCAAAGCAGGUUGAUGAACGUCUUCUUGAUUCCCAAUAUGUUGAAAGUCCUCUUAAUCGUCCUCGUUCCGAUAUUUCUGGAGCUAAAUUACCUAGUCCUCCUCGAGACAGAGGUCCCUCAGAAUUGGAGAUGAUGAAGGAAAGGUUUGCUAAGUUGCUUUUGGGUGAAGAUAUGUCAGGCGGUGGAAAAGGUGUUUCCUCAGCCUUGGCUUUGUCCAAUGCAAUCACAAACCUAGCUGCAUCCGUUUUUGGAGAACAAAAGAGAUUAGAACCUAUGAACCCAGAGAGGAAAACAAGGUGGAGAAGAGAAAUCGAUUGGCUUUUAUCAGUAACAGAUCACAUUGUUGAAUUUGUUCCUUCACAGCAAUCCAAGGAUGGAAUCAAUAUGGAGAUAAUGGUGACAAGGCAAAGAAGUGAUCUGCUAAUGAACAUUCCUGCUCUGCGCAAGCUUGAUAACAUUCUCAUCGAGCAAUUAGAUCAGUUUGGAAACCAGAAUGAAUUCUGGUAUGUGUCACGAGAUAAGGAGGAUUCAGAGCAAGGAACCCCACCAAGAAAUGAUGACAAAUGGUGGAUUCCAACUGUUAAGGUUCCGCCAGAGGGGCUAUCAGAAGUAACACGAAGAAGGCUGCAAUCCCAGAAAGAUUCUGUGAAUCAAGUACUUAAAGCAGCCAUGGCAAUAAAUGCUCAGGUGCUAUCAGAAAUGGAGGUCCCUGAAAACUACAUCGAGUCCCUUCCCAAGAACGGAAGAGCAAGCCUUGGAGAUUCUAUCUAUAAGAGCAUAACAGUAGAGUUCUUUGAUCCUGAGCAAUUCCUGUCAACCAUGGACUUGUCAACCGAGCACAAAGUGCUUGAUAUCAAGAACAGGAUCGAGGCUUCUAUUGUGAUUUGGAAGAGAAAGAUGCACCAAAAGGAUGGAAAGUCUUCCUGGAGUUCAGGGGUGAGCUUAGAGAAGAGGGAACUCUUCGAAGAGAGGGCAGAAACCAUAUUAAUCAUCCUCAAACAACGAUUCCCAGGAAUUCCACAAUCUGCCCUAGAUAUAAGCAAGAUCCAAUACAAUGAGGACGUUGGACAGGCCAUUUUAGAAAGCUAUUCAAGAAUAAUAGAAAGCUUGGCAUUCACAGUCCUGUCUAGAAUUGAGGAUGUUCUGUACGCUGACUCCCUCACACAAACUCCAGAGUCCGAUGAGAGCGAGAAGCCAGAGGAAGAAACAGGCAGGUUAAGCCCGGCAGAGGCACAGACACCAACAUCACUGACACUCUCAGAUUUCAUGGGAUGGGGUGGAGACGCCAACACCAAGAAAAAUAACUCGUACAAUACAGAAAGCCACUUCAAGGGCGAACAUGAUCAUAAGAUGAUGCUCAAACCACUUGCGACCAAGAGAUUUUCCUACUUGGAGAAGCUUGAGAGCUUAAGUGGCUUAAGAAGUCCAGCAGCUCGGCAUUAAACAUCAUCAAUGAAUAUAGAAGACAAUGAGAAAAAGAAGAAAUAUGGAAAGACAAAAGAGAGGAAGAGAUACAAAGUCGAACAUAGAACAAGUAGUUAGAGACCUUGAUUUAUCAAAUGUAGAUAACAAACAACCUGGUAGGAGCCUGUUGGGUUAGUAGUUGCUAUAUUGUUCUUCCUCAAAAAACAGG